AUGGACCCAACAGAUGUCAUCAAUGGAAAACUAGGCUCCGCCCGCCCUGCCCCCCACCACAAAGUCACCACGUGGCCCCUGGCCGCUGCAAUCGCUUUCCUGAAGGUGGCCUUGUCAGAAGGCAUCUCUCAGCAGUACCCCAAGAUUCUCAAUAGCACCAGUGGGACCAAUGGGUUCCUCCCCGGUAGCUACACCUGCCCUCCCCAACUCUCAGCCUGGAAGGUAGCCCUACUAGUGCAAGGGCGGCUGCUCUGUGGGGGGGAGGUCCUGAUCCACCCAAGAUGGGUCCUCACUGCAGCACAUUGUCUAAAGGACGGGUACAGAGUAUACCUGGGCAAGGACGACCUGGGGCAUGUGGAAGAUGGAGAGCAGGUGAGGGAGGUAGUUCGAUCUACCCACCCUCUAUACCAGAUCAGCCCCACCCACCUGAACCAUGACCACAACAUCCUGCUUCUGGAACUGCAGUCCUCGGUCCAGCUCACGAGCCAAAUCCAAAUCCCGCCCUUCUCCCACCACGACUGCCUCCCCGCUGGCACCUGCUGUCCGGUGUCUGGUUGGGGCACCACCACCAGCCCCCAGGUGAGUUACCCCCAAACCCUCCAAAGUGCCAACAUCAAACUAUGCUCAGGUGAGGAAUGUCGUCAGGUCUACCCGGGGAAGGUCACACCCAGCAUGCUUUGUGCCGGCACAAAAGAGGGUGGCAAUGACUCCUGUGAGGGCGACUCCAGGGGUCCCGUGAUCUGUAAUGGAACACUCUAUGGCAUCAUCUCCCGGGGAGACUUCCCAUGUGGACAGCCCAACCGGCCUGGUGUCUACAUCCGAGUCUCUCAGUGUGUUACAUGGAUCCAAGAAACAAUCCGAAAAUGGAAAACUCGGGAGUAGAAAUGGACGAAGGGCCCACAAUAA